UUUGGUUGUGAGUGAGAGAAAGUGAUAGUAAGAUUUGAAAAUGGGUGAUGAGGAAAUUCUUAAUCGCCAAAUAACACUACACCUCUCAACAACAACAAGGAAAGGUGGCUUAAUCACAAUGCCCUUCAUCAUAGCAAAUGAGGCACUUGAGAAGGUGGCAAGCUAUGGGUUGGUGCCAAACAUGAUCCUGUAUUUGAUGAGUGAUUACAAGAUUAGUGUAGCAAAAGGCACCAACAUACUCUUCCUUUGGACAGCAGCUUCCAACUUUUCACCAAUAUUAGGGGCAUUUCUCUCUGACUCGUAUUUGGGCCGCUUUCUCACCAUUGGCUUCGGCUCACUCUUUUCCCUUCUGGGGAUAUUCUUACUUUGGUUGACAACAAUGCUUCCACAACUGAAGCCACCUCCUUGCAACCAAUUCACUGAUGAUCACUGCGUAAAAGCCACUCAAUCUCAAUAUGCUUUCUUGAUAUUCGCCUUUAUUUUCAUUUCAAUCGGAGCUGGAGGUGUUAGACCAUGUUCAUUAGCAUUUGGUGCAGAACAAAUCGACAAUAAAAAGAAUCCCAACAACGAGAGGGCAUUAGAAAGCUUCUUUGGGUGGUAUUACGCAGCUAGCGCGAUUGCGGUCCUAGUUGCAUUUACAGGCAUUGUUUACAUUCAAGAUCAUGCUGGAUGGAAAGUCGGUUUUGGGGUCCCUGUCAUUCUCAUGAUUUUAUCGGUCCUUUUGUUCUUUGUAGCUUCUUCUCUUUAUAUCAAGACCAAAGUUAAAAACAGCAUAAUCAUCACAAGCUUUGUACAAGUGAUGGUUGUUGCUUGUAAGAACCGUAACGUAGUUCUUGGACCUUCAAACCCAUGGCAUCAUCAAAAAGACUCAAACGUCGUCGUGCCUAGCAACCGACUUAGGUUGUUGAAUAGAGCUUGCAUAACUCAGAACCCAAAAGACGUAUCACCAGAUGGCAACGCUUCAAAUCCAUGGCGUUUAUGCACGGUUGAGCAAGUAGAGGAGCUGAAAUCACUAAUCCGAGUCCUACCCUUGUGGUCAUCUGGCCUCAUGAUGUCAAUAAACGUAAGCCAGUCGUCGUUUCCAGUACUCCAAGCAAAAUCCAUGGACCGGCAUCUAGGAACCUUCCAAAUUCCAGCAGGCUCGUUCUCGUUUUUCACCAUCGCAAUGAUAGCAAUUUGGGUUCUUUUAUAUGACCGUGCAAUAAUCCCAUUGGCAUCAAAAGUUUUACAAAAAAAAGUCCAUCUUGGUGUUAAACUGAGAAUGGGAAUCGGUCUUGUGAUUUCCACAUUGGCCAUGGUCAUUUCCGCUGUUGUUGAACAUGUCAGAAGAAGAAAAGCAAUCGAGCAAGGGCUUUCAAACGAUCCGCAAGCAGUCAUACACAUGUCCGCAAUGUGGCUUGCUCCACAAUAUUGCUUACAUGGGUUAGCAGAGGCGUUUAGUGCAAUUGGGCAAAACGAGUUUUAUUACUCUGAAUUCCCGAAAAGCAUGGCUAGCAUUGCGGCUUCACUUUUCUUGCUCGGAAUGGGUGUGGCUAAUUUGUUGGCAAGUGUUAUACUGACCACAGUUGAAAAGAUAACAAGAAACGGCUCGAAAGAAGGGUGGAUCACCACCAAUAUCAACCAGGCUCGCUAUGAUCUUUACUAUUGGGUUCUCGCACUAAUGAGUUUCGUCAACUUGUUCUACUUUCUUGCUUGUAGCUGGACUUAUGGCCCCUGUGUUGACGAGAAGGUAAAAGUCGACGAGCAUAGUGAUCAUGAGGAGCGAGCUUAAUUAAUUAAUGACGGUUAAUUAAUUAAUACGAAGAGCGAUCGAUCGAGAUCUUUAGUUUGGUACGUUAUUGGAAUCGAUUGUAGAAAGUUCAAUCUAGCUUGCAAAUACUAGAUGUAUAUGUACUUUAAUGAGUUUUGUAAAUGAGAUCUACAUAUCUGAAGAUGCAACUAAUUAAUACGAUCGAGUACAUGCUACUUAAUUAAUUGUAAGUCAUUAUUUGCUUAAA